AUGCCAGGAGUACUGUUAAAUGAUGUUUCAUGUCGAUUAACCCAUAUUCAGGCGCAGUUAAAAAUGUUGCAAGAAAAAAUCAAUGAUAAUAGCACUCUUUUCGAAUCGAUAGCAAGACAAAUAGAACGUGGUCAUGCAUUAGUUAAAGAGUUACAAGAUAUCGAAAAUAGAACUAAAGAAUUAAUAGUGAAAAGUAGUGAUGAUGAUCAUGAUCAAUUAAAUGCUUGUUUAGAGGACUAUGUGACAACAUUAACCGGUGAUGGUCCUCGAAAAUGUCAAACAUUUAUUGAAGUGUGUGAGUUAUUGUUAUAUUACACUCAGCAAGCUGAUUUUGAAAAAUAUUUUGGAUCAUUGAAUCGAAACAUGAAUGAAUGUGAAACAGUAUUAGGGACAAAUAAACAAUUUCAACCAAAAAUCAUUGAUAUUUUUCAAUCGCUUGAAAAGGAUCUUGGCCAACAUAUUAUACCAAGUAUACCAUGUAGAGUCGGUUUUAUAGGUCAAAUAAGUGUGGGAAAAAGUUCACUUUCAAAUGCUUUACGACAUACUGAUGUUGACUAUUUGAAAAAUUCACAAACAGAAAUAAUUGCUCAAAAGAAACUCUCUUCUCCAAUUCGUGUUGGUAAAAGUACAUUUUGUAGAAUGGAGUUUGAACAUGAGUAUGAAGAUGGUAAAAAAGUUAUUUUUGUUGAUAUUGAAGGAUCAACAGACAGUGAAUCAAAUUUAAAAUCAGGAAAUUAUUUCGAUGAAAUAAAAAAAGCAGACUGUGAUCUUUAUAUUAUUGUAUUUAACAAUCAGUUUACAGAUGUUCAUCAUGAGUGGCAACGUUAUAUUGUCAAUAUAUUAGAGCGUAAAUGCAUCCUGGUACGAAGCAAUACAGAUGAUUUAUUUCUCAGAACAUAUGAAGAGAGUGUUGGUCAAAGCUUCGACUUAACCGAUAAUGAACGAAAGGAAAAAUAUGCAAAAAAUGUGAUUGAACAAAUUCGAAAGAUUGCUAGCUUUGACAUCAAAGGGCAAGAGUUAUCUGAUGUAUAUUUAACCUCUGUCUGUAACAAAAGUAGUCUGAAAAAGUAUCUAGCCACAAUACCAUGUUUAAAUUUUGAUUUUGAAAAAUUAGAGGGUUAUAUCAGAAUCCUACCGUUAACUUUACACAAAAGUCGUCUACAAAAAAUGGCUGUAUCUGCAAUGGCACGAGUUAUUAAUAUUUGUUUUCGUCGUGGUUAUGUCAUGAAUAUAUUUAAAUAUAAUAUUGCUGCAGGUGUUGCUGCUUUUCUACCAUUUCUUGAUUUGAUUCCAAGAUAUUUAGGACGAGAAAACAUUCGUCAAGCAUUUGGUGUUAAUACUCGUUCACGUUUAAUGAACUGGUGGAAGGGUACAACAGAUGAGUUCAAAGUUUAUUUAAGUAAAUUUAAAAUUACCCUUGAUGAAGCAGGUUUCAAAACAUCAGCUUUUAAAGAAACAUUUCACAUUAAAAAGACUGAUAUUCGAAACUCAGCAGUAAGUGUAUCAUCGUCAACAAUCACAAAAGGUGUAACAAGUGUUGGUGUUGUCGGUAUUGCUCUUUCGGAUGAUGUUCUUAGACUCGCUGGUAUCGGCGCAAUCAAUGCAAUUCGUGGUCUAUCCAUUAGUUUAAUAGUUGUUGGUGGAGUUCUUACAGCAGGCAUGUGUGUUUGGUCAGCUGUAUCAAAUGGUAAACAAAUGUAUAGUUAUUUAAAUCGACUUUGUGAUGAUCUUAUCAUUGUUAGUCAACAUGUAGCUCUCAAAAUCCUCGACGAUAACAAUGAAAUACGAGAGUAUUUUUCAAAUUGA